CUCGCCGUCGCCCUGCACCAGCUGCUGCGCCGCCUCCGCCCCGGCGGGCCCCCCGCGCCAGGUACUCAUUAAUGAGUGAAGGAUCAAAAGGUGGGACGGUGGCCAAGAAGCAAUGGAGAAUAAAAGCUUAGAAGGCUCGCCAUCAGAUCUAAAGUUAGUGGCUCAUCCAAGAGCAAAGAGUAAAGUAUGGAAGUACUUUGGGUUUGAUACUAAUGCAGAAGGAUGCAUAUUACAGUGGAAGAAAAUCUAUUGUCGCAUCUGCAUGGCCCAAAUUGCCUAUUCAGGAAACACGUCCAACCUUUCAUACCACCUUGAGAAAAAUCAUCCUGAUGAGUUCUGCGAAUUUGUGAAAAGUAACACUGAGCAAAUGAGGGAAGCGUUUGCUACUGCAUUUUCAAAACUGAAGCCAGAAUCAUCACAGCAGGUUGUUCAAGACACUUUAAUUAUGAAGACCAGCCACAAUUAUGAAAACAAAAAGCAUCAAGAAUUGACUUCUGCUGUGAUUAGCCUAAUUUGUGAGGGCAUGUAUCCUUCCUCUAUUGUUGAUGAACCCACAUUCAAGGCACUUUUGAGAACAGCUGAUCCUAGAUAUGAACUUCCUAGCAGGAAAUAUUUCUGCACAAAAGCAAUUCCUGAAAAAUACAAUGCUAUUAGAGAAAUUGUGUUAAAAGAACUUACUGAAAUUCUAUGGUGUGGCAUAUCCACUGACAUGUGGAGAAGUGAAAACCAGAAUAGAUCGUAUGUAACACUUGCAGUUCAUUUUCUGAACAGUAGCCCUUCUAACUGUCUGGCUGUUAACUCCCGGUGUUUAAAAACGUUUGAAGUGCCAGAGGAAAAUACUGCAGAAACUAUUACACGAGUCCUUUAUGAAAUCUUUAUUGAAUGGGGGAUCAAUACAAAAGUCUUUGGUGCUACAACAGAUUAUGGUAAAGACAUUGUGAAAGCUUGCUCUCUCCUAGAUAUUCCAGUACAAAUGCCUUGUUUGGGGCAGACUUUUAAUGCAGGAAUACAACAAGCUUUUCAGCUUCCCAAACUGUGCAGCCUUCUUGCCAGGUGCCGAAAACUGGUGGAAUAUUUUCAGCAGUCCACGGUCGCAAUGUACAUGUUAAGUGAGAAGCAGAAGCAACAAAAUAUUCUGCACUGUAUGCUUGUAAGUGAUCGUGUUUCCUGGUGGGGAAGCACACUUGCCAUGUUGCAACGUCUUAAAGAACAGCAGUUUGUAAUUGCAGCAGUUCUUGUGGAGGACAGCAAUAACCACCAUCUGAUGCUGGAAGCCAGCGAAUGGAAUACAAUUGAAGGCCUGGUGGACCUACUUCAGCCCUUUAAACAGGUUGCUGAGAUGAUGUCUGCUUCAAAAUAUCCAACAAUAAGUAUGGUGAAACCCCUCCUCCACAUGCUUCUAAAUACCACGUUGAACAUCAAAGAGAAUGAUUUGAAAGAAAUUAGCAUGGCCAAGGAAGUGAUAGCCAAAGAGUUAUCAACAACAUACCAGCAUACACCUGAGAUAGACAUGUUUCUCAAUGUUGCAACUUUUCUGGACCCUAGGUACAAAAAACUACCUUUCCUUUCAGCAUUUGAACGGCAACAGGUAGAAAACAGAGUGGUGGAGGAAGCAAAAAGCCUUUUGGAAAAAGUAAAAGAAAACACUUUCAGGCCUGAAGAAAAGUUCUUUACAGUGUCAGAAGAGCCACCUGUGAAAAAAAUAAUCAUCUCCUCUACCCCUCCCCCUACCAGCGCAAUCAAUAAUAUGCUUGCGGAAAUCUUUUGCCAGACAGGAGGGGUGGAAGACCAAGAGGAAUGGCAUGCUCAGAUUGUUGAGGAAUUGAGCAACUUUAAGUCACAAAAGGUUCUUGGUCUAAAUGAAGACCCACUUAAGUGGUGGUCUGACAGACUAGCAUUAUUUCCUGUUUUACCAAAGGUACUUCAGAAAUAUUGGUGUAUUCUUGCCACAAGAGUCUUCCCUGAACGCCUUUUUGGUUCCUCUGCUAAUGUUGUAAGUGCUAAGAGAAACCGGUUAGCCCCAGCUCAUGUUGAUGAGCAGAUCUUUUUGUAUGAAAACACUCGCAAUGUGUCUGAAGCAGAACCUGAAGAUGAGGAUGAAGGCGAGUGGGGCUUGGAACAGGAACAGAUUUUUAAUUUAAAUGACACAGUAAAUGUAAGCAGCAAUUUCUUUAAUAUCCGAGACAGUGGGUUCAUUUAACAGGAAUACUAUGGUACAUUAAAUAACAAAGAAAAGGUAUUUGUCUUAAGUUACCAAAAUUAUUCUGUUUGAUGCUAUGAAUACUGUAAAUAUUGAACAAGUGUAACAGACUUGGUUUAAGCUUCUAUUGUAUAUGUCUUGCCCACUAUCUUAAAACAUGAAUAACUUGUGAUUAUACAGCACUGAAAUGAACAAGGAAGUAAUUCUGCAAAGACCACGACUCCUGACUCUGGCCCCAAUUUCAGGAAAGCACUUAUGUAUGUGUUUAAUUCCCAUGUACUUCAGUGGGUCUUAAAUAUGCUUAAGUGCUUUCUGCAAUAGGAAUGUUUUUCUGAAUUUGAACCCUAAACAGAGAAGUUUUAAAGAUGUACAAAUCCACUUCUGAAGCCAACAUGGGUUAGGAUUUCAAAGUUUAAUUUCCUAAAUUUAAAGCUGAUUUUAAAAUCCAUAAGUCAGAUCUUUAGAGACUCUUACAAAAAUAUUAGGAAGAAACUAGACAAUAAAUAAAUUUGAGCCUGAUUUUUUUUCACUACCUCAUACUUUUGGCCUCGUCUACACUACAAGUUCUACUGGUAUAACUACAUCAAUUAGGGGUGUGAUUUUUUGUAUUGACAUACAGGUAUAGGCCCUAGUGUGGAUGCAGUUAUACUGAUAUAGCUUUUUUGCUUCCCAAACCACAAUAAGCUAUAUUGGUAUAAGCACUUUUAUGCCAGUAUAACUGCAUCCACACUGGGGGACAUUUUGUCACUUAGUCAUACUAGUAUAGUUAAAGUGGUAAAACUUUCUACUGUAGACAAGCCCUGAUGUCACCCCUUACAUUUAUACUAAGUAGGUGGAAAUCACAACCACAUCAGAAUUGUGGCAUUUUACAUUCACUUCGUGUGAGUCUAAGUCAGUGGUUCUCAAACUUUUGUACUGGGGACCCCUUUCACACAGCAAGCCUCU